CCAUUUUUUCCGAUAGCGGGACCCACCAAGAUGCCGAUUACUACAUUAGCAGUAGCACUCUCCCAACAAAAAACCUAAUGCACAAGUCAUACUGAGAUGUAUCCGGUCCUAAAAUUUGGUGGGUUUGGUAAGUGAAGGAGGUUGUUGGAACCCAUGUCAAGAUGUAGGAGAAGAUGCCUCUUACUUUUGGAAAAAUGUAGGCAUAUGAAGCAGCUGAAGGAGGCUCAUGCCCAGGUACUCACUUGCGGGCUUGGAACUGAUAGCUUUGCCCUCAGCAGGCUCUUGGCCUUUUGCUCACACCCACUUCACGGGAGCCUCCCUCAUGCCUGGAAACUCUUUCAACAGAUUCAACACCCCACCAUCUGCAUCUGCAACACAAUGAUCAAAGCUUUCGUACUCAAGGGCAAACUGAUCAACACCAUUCAGAUUUACUCCCAGAUGCUGGAAAAUGGGCUGUACCCUGACAACUACACCCUUCCUUAUGUGUUGAAGGCCUGUGCAGGGCUGCAGAGCUGUCAUCUAGGAGAAUUGGCUCAUGGGCAGAGUGUGAAGCUGGGGUUUUGGUUUGAUAUUUUUGUGGGUAACACUUUGAUUGCCAUGUACUCAUCAUUUGGAAAUGCGAGGGCAGCAAGAUGCAUAUUUGAUGAAAUGCCUUGGCACACUGCUGUGUCAUGGACAGUCAUGAUUUCUGGGUAUGCAAAGGUGGGUGAUGUUGAGACAGCAAGAAUGCUUUUUGAUGAAGCACCCAUGAAGGAUAGAGGAAUAUGGGGUUCAAUCAUAUCUGGGUAUGUGCAGAACAAUUGUUUUAAGGAGGGUUUGCAGAUGUUCCGUUUGAUGCAGUCCACAGGGUUGGAGCCUGAUGAGGCCAUUCUUGUGAGCAUUCUCUGUGCUUGUGCCCAUUUAGGAGCUAUGGAAAUUGGGGUUUGGGUCCAUAGAUAUUUGGACCAAUUGGGUCAUCCACUGAGUGUGAGAUUGAGCACUGGUCUGAUAGACAUGUAUGCUAAAUGUGGGAGUUUGGAUAUAGCCAAGAAACUGUUUGACGGAAUGUCGCAAAGGGAUACAAUUUGUUGGAAUGCCAUGAUUUCAGGGAUGGCAAUGAAUGGAGAUGGAGACAAUGCACUUAGGCUGUUUUCAGAGAUGGAGAAGGCUGGUGUCAAGCCUGAUGAUAUCACCUGCAUUGCCGUUUUUACUGCUUGUAGUUAUUCAGGCAUGGCACAUGAAGCUAUAAGGCUGUUAAAUAGCAUGUGUACAGUAUACAAUAUCGAGCCCAAGAGCGAGCAUUAUGGGUGUAUAGUUGACCUUCUUGGCCGAGCUGGGCUCCUGAAAGAAGCCAAGGAACUCAUCCUCAAAAUGCCUAAUUCAAGCAGCCCCACGGAGCAAGCCAUAGCUUGGAGGGCAUUACUGAGCGCUUGUUGUAGUCAUGGGCAAACAGAAGUGGCUGAGGAUGCAGCACAGAGACUCUUCCAUUUAGAACAUCACAGUGGGGCCUAUGUUCUGCUUUCAAACUUAUAUGCAGCUGCAGGAAAACAGGACCAUGUGAGAAGAAUAAGGAAGAUGAUGGAAAACAGAGGAGUAGACAAGGCUCCAGGUUGCAGCUCAGUCAAGAUCAAUGGGGUUGUUCAUGAGUUUAUUGCAGGGGAAGAGACACAUCUGCAGAUGGAAGAAGUACAUAGAGUUUUGGAGAAGAUGAAUAAGCAGAUGGAUUAUUCUGGGUUCAACCCAUAUCCGUUUGAAGUUGAUGAGACAUUAUGCAUCCAAGCUUGACAACCAGCCCUCUGGGUGUGGGAAGUCAGAAACAGCACAAGGUUUCACAACAGAAGCAAAACACAAUGAAUCUUGAUAUUUCAUUC